UGGAAAACCAAAACUAAAGCGAAAAGCACUCACUUCUCCCUCUUCUAUUAAUUUUUGAAAGACGUCCGAAUUUGACCGUUAGAAACCCCUCCGAUUCUCAGUUUUCUAUCUCAUCUCCCUCUGUUGACAGUGAACAUUGUAAAUUUCCCAUCUUUUUCUUUUUUUAUUAUAAUUCCUCGUGAUUCUCGUUACAAAUGGGUACUAAAAAACGAUCUCAAGUAGACAAAUUGUUCAACAAUUUGAUUCAAUUACUCAACAGCCAGCAAGAACAGCUUCAAACUCUUGUAGAGGAGAGAAAAUUCCUAGAAGAUCGCAUUAAGUUACAACACGAACGAUGGGUCUCCGAUGUUCAUCUCCGCGACGAUCACAUCUCUCAGAUUAAAGAUGAAUUGAUAGAGAAAGACAUGGCUUGCUUACUUGAGGCGGCAAAGUCUGAUUUGAUGUUGGGAUUGAAGCACAGAGAGGCUUCUCUUUAUAAAUUGAUUUUAGGUUUAGAGCAAACAGAAGAUGAAUUGGCAGAUUUUAGAUCAUGUUUUGACCAUCUCUGUCGUAAGCUAGAAGAAAAUUCCACGAAAACCGACGAUCUGAACAAAGUUGGUAGACAUAGUGUUGAAAAAUCUAGUGGUUGUAAAAGGUUGGAUAAUGAAGUGAAAAGAUUGAAACUGGAAUAUGAGAAGCUUGCUUCUGAAAAGAACUCUGAGAUAUCUGCUCUUGUGAAACAGAAAGAUUUUGUGUGGAAUCAGUAUAAUGUUUUAGAGAGCACUCUUAAUGAUAAAUUGAAGAGUAAGCAAUCUGAGGUUGAACAGGCAAAUGCAAAGAUAGCAAAAGUUUUAGCCAGCGUGGAAACGCUUCAGUCUUCUAACGAUGAGAAGGAUGAAACCAUUGAUAGAUUGAAAGCUAAAUUGGCUCAGGUGGAGGUUGACAGAGAUAAGUCGAAGGAAGAAAUAUUCAGACUCUCGCAUGUGUUAGAAUCAUUGAAGAAGUCCAGAAGUGCACAAGUUACACCUGCGCUAAAACAAUGUAAUACAGGAGGUAAAGGGUCCAAUCAGGUAGUCAAAAGCAAUGGCAGGACUGGGAGUAAUGUUGUUGUGAAGAAAGAACCAUUAUCAGUAAAAAAUUCUGAAAAGGGUAGCAAUUGUUUGAAAAGGAAACAAGUUGAAGUUAUCAGUAUUUCAGAAGCUGAGACGCCCAAAUUGUUCACUACUACCUUCAAGUUUCCGAAGUUGAAGAGCUCAUCUACUCCGGUAGCAUGACCUUAGCGUCCAUUUUCUAACUUUUCAGUUUUAACAGGGUAGCUAUUCUCUGUUAAUUGUUUAUUGAGCUUCUCUGUUGAGUCGCAAAUUUAUUGUGGUUCCCUGAUUUGUUGUAAAUUAUGUAUUUGCCCCAAAUAGCAUUCUUUAGUUGAACAUUACUAGGGUUUCAUGUAACUUAUGUAGCUGCUGUCUCAUGCGCUGCAUCGUUCAUUAAUAUUAUUGUCAUUACUGCUA